CAGUCUAUACAGGACAUUGCCCCAACUUUAAUCAGGCUCCGUGCUAGUAGACGGCGAGAUUGAGUCCCCAAAAAUUAAUUAAAGUGUGCAUAAGUUGACACAAAUGCGUUGAGUAAUAUAAAAAAGAAGAAGCGGUGAAGUACUGAAUUGUUUUAACAAAAAGAAAUUACCUAGUUCCCGUGGGGUCAUCAACAAAUUCUAGUGGUUCAUUUCUUGACCAACAUAAAUGUAUAGCAUAGAAUUAGUAGUAUUUCCAUCUCUCCCAUGGGGUCAGCCGAUCUCACUGUGUUGGCUAUAGCGUCGACUCUGGGAUGCGAGUCCAAGAGGACAAGAGCUCAAGAGUGAAAAGCUUCUUUCAAAAUCUUUUCAAACAGAAAUUCGUGAACAAACGUCUUUGAAAGCGCGAGUGCAAAGUAAAAAUUGAGUGUAGCAGCGAAUGUUAUUUCGAAGGAUUAUAUAAUUAAAGUUGGGACCGAAGCUGUAGAUGUUAACGAGGAGGGUAGAAGUUGGACAAUCGCGAAGAAACUAAACGUCAUGGCUGACGCCAGAAAUGCUGACUGUUUAAAUGAGGGAAAAUGACUGGUUUUCCCCGGUACUUCAGUUUAUGAAUCCCAAUUAUGAGUGUGGAUGUGUAAUUAGGUGGGUAAGUGGGUGUGAAGGCAAAAUGAUUGUUCCUAUAUAUGCCAGUGUGCUUGAACUCAAAUUAAUCACACAUCUAGAGAGAGAGAGAGAGAGAGGUGUUGAGUUCAGAUGAAAGAAUGGAGGAGUGCCUUGGAUGGGCAGCCAGAGAUCCAUCCGGAUUUCUUUCCCCUUACAAGUUCAGCCGAAGGGUAGUUGGAAGUGAUGAUGUUUCAGUGAAGAUCACACACUGUGGAGUCUGCUAUGCUGAUGUUGCAUGGACCAGGGAUAAACUUGGAGGGUUUGGAGGAUCCAAGUACCCCCUAGUGCCUGGGCAUGAGAUUGUUGGAAUCGUUAAAGAGGUGGGUUCCAAUGCUCAAGGCUUCAAGGUUGGAGAUCAUGUUGGAGUGGGUACUUUGGUCAAUUCUUGUAGAGAUUGUGAGUACUGUAAUAUGUACAUGGAUGUCUACUGCUCGAAGGGAGUCGUCCGUACUUUUAGCUCUGUUGAUGUGGAUGGUACAAUCACAAAGGGUGGAUAUUCGACUUUCAUUGUAGUUCAUCAGAGGUACUGCUCCAGGAUACCUGAUGUCUACCCAUUGCCCUUGGCAGCACCACUCCUAUGCGCAGGAAUCACCGUUUACAGCCCAAUGAUGCGCCAUAAAAUGAACGAACCGGGAAAAUCCCUAGGAGUGAUUGGGCUUGGUGGCCUGGGUCACUUGGCUGUGAAAUUCGGCAAGGCAUUCGGAUUGAGCGUUUCUGUUUUCAGCAUGAGUUUAUCCAAGAAAGAUGAAGCCCUUAAUAAGCUUGGAGCAGAUGGAUUCGUGAUCUCUUCCGAUGAAGAACAGAUGAAGGCUAUGGUGAAAUCACUUGACUUCAUUAUUGAUACGGCAUCAGGGGACCACCCGUUUGAUCCAUACAUGUCACUGUUGAAGACUGGCAGCACCCUCGUCGUGGUGGGUGUCCCAACUCAAGUCAAGCUCAGUCCUAUCAGUCUAAUAAGUGGUAUGAAAUCCAUUUCCGGGAGUGCAACGGGCGGCAUUAAGGAGAGGCAAGAAAUGGUGGAUUUCUGUGCAGCUCACAGUAUAUACCCAGACGUUGAGAUUAUUCCCAUCCAGUACAUAAAUGAAGCUUUGGAGAAGCUUAUAAAGGGGGAUGUGAAUUACAGGUUUGUCAUUGAUAUCGAGAACUCCCUUAAGUGAUGCUAUCAUGGGGCCUGGAGAUGGAGGGAGAUAAAAGCCAAAUCACUACGAAAGAGGGCAUCUUUCAGUACAUAUGGUUGUGAUGGUGGAGAAGAAAGAAAUGACCAAGAAACAAAAGGGGAAUAAUUUGCUAUAAUCUUCUUAAUGAGUUGUACUGCUUGGGAUGGAAAACUUGAAAUGAGGAAAUAUACUAAUCUGCCGUUUAUUUGUCUGCUGGAGAAA